CCCACCCUACGCCGCCUUUUCUUGCCCUCGCCGGCGGCUCUGCCGGGGCCGGGCCGGGGCGGCAGCUCCGGGAGCCGCAUGCCGGGGGCCGAGCAGGAGCAGGAGGGCGCAAGAAGAAAAAUGAAUUCUGAAAGCUCAGCACUUACCAUGAGUAGCCCUGCUGUAAUAAACCAAUGUACCAGAGGAGGAAUGGAACAAGAAAAAGUUUGGCCGAAACAACAGCAACAGAACAAUUUUUCCUUGUUUCCUUCCACCAAGGGCUGGAAUUUCAGAGGGAAAAAACGAAAACAGAGUACUCAAGAUGAAGAUACAAUCAGUAUCUGCAGCCUGGAUACAAGUGAGCCCAGUAACAAACGGGUCAAGCCGCUUUCCAGAGUCACAUCCCUGGCCAAUCUCAUUCCUCCUGUCCGUGCCACUCCACUGAAGCGGUUCAGCCAGACACUGCAGCGUUCCAUCAGUUUCCGCAGUGACAGUCGCCCGGAUCUGUUCAGUCCCCGGCCCUGGGCUCGGAAUGUGCCCCCUGCCAGCACCAAACGGAGGGACAGCAAACUGUGGAGUGAGACCUUCGAUGUCUGUGUCAAUCACAUGCUCACAGCCAAGGAAAUCAAGCGGCAAGAGGCAAUCUUUGAACUUUCCAAAGGAGAAGAAGACCUGAUAGAAGAUCUGAAGUUGGCAAAAAAGGCUUAUCAUGACCCAAUGCUUAAGCUUUCCAUAAUGACAGAGCAAGAGUUGAACCAAAUUUUUGGAACACUGGACUCCCUAAUUCCUCUACAUGAAGAUCUUCUUAGGCGACUUCAAGAAAUCAGGAAACCUGAUGGAUCAACAGAACACGUUGGCCACAUCCUUGUGGGUUGGCUUCCAUGCCUGAACUCCUAUGACAGCUACUGCAGCAAUCAAGUAGCAGCCAAAGCUUUACUGGAUCACAAGAAACAGGAUCACAGAGUGCAGGAUUUCCUGCAGCGCUGCUUGGAGUCUCCUUUCAGCCGCAAACUGGACCUUUGGAACUUCCUGGACAUCCCAAGAAGCCGUUUGGUUAAAUACCCAUUGCUGCUCCGAGAAAUUCUGAGACACACACCAAAUGAUCAUCCAGAUCAGCAGCACCUUGAAGAAGCUAUAAAUAUAAUUCAGGGUAUAGUGGCUGAAAUCAACGUAAAGACUGGGGAAUCUGAAUGCCAGUAUUACAAAGAGAGACUUAUUUAUCUUGAAGAAGGCCAAAGGGAUUCAUUGAUUGAUAAUUCACGUGCUCUGUGUUGUCAUGGUGAACUGAAGAACAACAGGGGAGUGAAACUGCAUGUCUUCCUCUUUGAAGAAGUGCUGGUGAUUACACGAGCUAUCACCCACAACGAGCAGCUCUGCUACCAGCUCUACCGGCAGCCAAUUCCCGUCAGGGAGCUCGUGCUGGAAGAUUUGCAGGAUGGAGAAGUUCGGUUGGGUGGAUCCAUCCGCGGUGCAUUCAGCAACAACGAGAGAAUCAAAAACUUCUUUAGAGUCAGCUUCAAAAGCGGAUCUCAAAGCCAGACUCACUCUCUCCAAGCCAAUGACUCCUUCAACAAGCAGCAGUGGCUGAACUGUAUCCGCCAGGCCAAGGAGAAGGCAGCGUGUGCGGGCAAGGCUGGCGGGCUGACCUCGGAAGCACAUUUUCUGUUGUCACCAGACGGACGCAGAGUUCCCCCGGGAGAAUCCAGCCUGGAGCAGAUGGACCAAUCCGACUGUGAGUCAGACUGUAGCAUGGACACCAGCGAGGUCAGCGGCGACUGCGAGCGCAUGGAACAGACGAACUCUUGCGAACACGAAAAGCAAAUAGAAACCAAUGUUUGACAAAAACUUAACAGUUCGUGGAAGAAAAUCUGUCUCUUACCUGUACAGUAUUUGCAUUCCAUAUAUGGAACCGUUUGGAGAAGCACUUUUAGAAUAUUUUUUGUGAUGAUGUCAAUGCAGUCCUUCUUGUAUUCGUACCUGUGAGUGUAGUACUGUGACUGCCCAUCUGUAUAAGCUGGAAUCUCUUGCAACUCAUGUCCUGUGAUUAUAUUCCAUAAACACCUAAGGUGGAUGAAAGAGGUACUUGACCAGUUAUUCUCAAUGUCCUGCUGUAAACAGAAUCUCUAAGCUACUGUUUAUAUAUGCAUUACAUAAAUAACUUUUCCUGAUUUUAAGUACUUUAUUUGCCCCUUAGUGGGGCAGCUAAAGAUGUGGACAUAAUAUGGAGUUUCAGGAUGGGGUGUUAAGAUAAUAAGUUUUCUUAAAGGCAUGGAAGGAAAAAAUAGUUUCUUGGAAAAAAAAGAAAACUAUCUUGCAGUAACCUGUCUGAACUCUUGUGAUAUUAAAUCAACAAGAACUGUAAACAGCAGGCCAUGGAACCAGGGACUCUUUAGGGAUUAAGUUUUCAAAAUGAAGCGCUGUCCUAAAAUCCAGCAACCAAACUUACUAAAAUCUGGAUGUUUCAGGUGGUCAGCACAGUGAUGUGGUUUGUUUGUCAAAGCAUGUAAUGCUAAAAGUAAUCAACUGAUAAAAAAAUCCAACCAAACCUCUACAGCCAGCACUGAAUUAAAUGAAAUGCUGAGAAUACUGGGUAUUUGUAAAUAAGCUGGUAGUUUGCUUUCAGUGCCAUAAAUAUAUUAUCCCAAACAGGAUAAGAAUGGAAAAGAGCUUUUGCUUGUGAAUAGGCCCUCUUCAGCAUUUUGCACUCCACUGACCUCCACUGUUGGUUUUAAACACCACUAAACUAAUGUUAAAACAAUUAAUUUUCUGUAAAUGUCUGUUUACAGUUACAUGUAGUUGGUUUUUAAAACUAAGCGAUGAUUUUAUAUAAAUGGUGCUCUACAAAUACCCCAUGGGAUUAUGUAGAGAAAGUUUAAACAAAAAGGGAAUUGUUUUUCCUUUAGGAUGUAUUACAUCCUUUUUCUUUUCCUCAAGUUCUGUUUUAAAAGUUUUUUUAUUGCAUUUAAUCUCAUGCUGUAAUUGGAAAUAUUACUGUGUUUUCUGGUGGCUGAUUUAAUCUACUCAUUAUAAUGAGAAGCAGGUGAGUCACUUAAAUGCAGUCUAAAACAGUUAAACAUCCUGUUACUUUCAGGAAUCCCUGGGUGAUAUUUUAUUUCUUAUUAUAAGAAAUAAUGCCAGUGCUGUGUGGCAAGCUAUGAAAAUGAUAUAUUAAUAAAUUUAAAUGAUUCUUGAUAUCACACAAGAUAACCUGUGCAAAGUACUCGUCAAAACAAAAGUAGAAAAACUUAAGUUAUUGCCAAAAAUAUUUUUCUUGUGUUCUACAAGUUUACAGAAAAUGUAUUAUGUCGAGUAUCUUACAUAUAUAUAUGCUGAUAUGCAUUACAGAAAUCUGUGUGACAAGAUGAUAAACAAUAUAAACCAAGGUAUUUUUAUUUUUUAAAAAAAUGGCAUUUUUACCCUAUAGAACAUAUUUCUGUAUUUAUAGUUUUUAAAAAAAAAUCAAAUUUCUUUUCUGUUUCAGGCUUUGUAAUUUAUUUCAACUGCUUCAUUUUUAGAACUGAAUGAGUAUUCCAGUGAAGAUGGGAGAAAGAAAAAAAUCUGCAAAAGAAAAGGAGUAGGAAAGCUGUUCAGCAAAAUGUUGAAAAAGAAAAAAGCAUGUAAAGUGUUCAGAUAGAGAGGAAAGAAUGAAUGUGUGUAUUGCCUGUUUUUGGUUGUUUUUUUUUUUUUUUUUUAAUAAUGGCCUUAAACUUUUCUGGAAGCAUUUCAAAUAAAUUACAUUAAACCAUUUUGAUUUUUAUUUGGUUUGGUUGGUUGUGCAAGAAGACUGCAGAAAGAUUUAAGUGGUACAGGCAGUGAGGCUUAAUGUAAGUGACCAAGGCUUAUCUUUUGGUUGCUAUGGAAGUGUUUAUAUUUGGAUAUAAUUUGCUAGAUACAAAGUAGUAACAAAAAAAUGAGUUACUGUACUCAGUUCACCGCAUUCCCCAAAGUGUUAAAUAAUUAAUUUAGUAAGUAGGUGGAACAAA